GUCCGAACGUCAAGGGCGGACGGGAGAAAUCGCCGCCCGAACGGGCGGUGGAGAAGAGCAUCGAUUCCAUGCUGCUCGGAUCCCAUUUCUCUCUCUCUCUCUGUCUCUAUCUCUAGCUCUCCAGCUCAGGCUCUGCAAAUUCAAAGCCCGAAGCUCUUCCCCACUUCCCGAAUCCGAGAGACUAAAGUGAAGCGGCAAUCCUGAUCCUUGGACCGACGCAAGCACGCCCCCGCGCACCACCACCAGUCACCACCACCAUGUCGUGGCAGACCUACGUCGACGAUCACCUCAUGUGCGACAUCGACGGCCAGGGGCAGCACCUCUCCGCCGCCGCCAUCGUCGGCCACGACGGCAGCGUCUGGGCUCAGAGCUCCACUUUCCCACAGUUCAAGGCUCCAGAAAUUGCUGGCAUUCUGAAAGAUUUUGAGGAACCGGGUCAUCUCGCCCCGACAGGUUUGUUUCUUGGCGGCACCAAGUACCUGGUUAUUCAGGGGGAGCCUGGCGUCGUCAUCCGCGGAAAGAAGGGAUCUGGAGGCAUUACGAUCAAGAAAACCGGGCAAGCUCUAGUUUUCGGAGUCUACGAGGAACCCGUGACUCCAGGACAGUGCAACAUGGUUGUCGAGAGGCUCGGAGAUUACCUGAUCGAUCAGGGCCUGUAGGCCUCUGCUCAACUCCAUCUAUUCAGUACCCCUGUCCACAAGGUCUAGCUUCUGGCUCAUCUUCUGCAUCUGAGUUUGCGCAUCCUGGAUCGACAAGUCGUGUAAAAUAACCGUGUGGCGGUAAAGGUAUUCAUUCCCUGAGUGUUGUUGGCUUAUACACCUUGAUUUUUUUGCAUACAUUACUACAUAUGAUUUAUCGACCUUAUCCUCUUUGGGGUUUAUGGUGCUGGCAAUAGAUUUCAAGUUUUGACUA